AUGCAAUUCGCUUUGAUCCUCGCUGCGAUAGCUGCUCAGGCCUUCGGUACCGCCCGACUCAGUUCCUGUCCGCUCUUUUGGGACUCCAGGCAGAACCUUGGGUACGACCAAGGAGUUCAGGUUUUUAUUUCUUUUUCAAUUUUGGUAUAUCAGUUGUUUUUUGUUUUUCAAAUUUCAGAUAGUUGUUUAUUUGAACUCUCAUGAUUAGAUUGUAAUCAACUCGAUUAUUGACCUACGAAACAUCUUUCGGUGAAUCCUUCUCAUAAAGAAGGAUGAGGCGAUUUGAAAAAAAAAUUUUAAAGCUUCAACGUCCAAUUGACUUUCGGGCAGUGCUUUUCUCUUCUUUACUCCAGGUUAUCUAUGCUUUUCAAUUAAUGUUUUUUUCAAUUGCCCAAAAGUUUCUGAACCAUUAAAUCAAUAUUUAUCAACUCAAUUUUGAAAUUAUUAAUGCCAAAAAAAGCUUGCGAAACUUUAAAAAAAUCUAUAAAUUUGUGAAAAAUUUCCACUUAUAUCGUUCUAGAAGCCUUUACACGUGAGAUUUUAUUCUAGAUUGAUGAUAAUUUUUUGGGAACAUAAAAAAUUUGAUUCUCUCGAUAAAUCUGCAAUGACUCAGCAGCCGCUUCUGUUUUCGUUUUUCUGAACCAAUAACAAAAACAGUCAAAAAAUUGUUUUUUUUUUUCGUCAAAAGCUACUUUCCCUUCAGAAAUUCUUUCCAAGGCAGAGAGAAAACGCCUUGAGAGGUCGCACGGGAGCACUUCGUUUUUUUUUUUCGACUCUUGAGAAGAUGCUCUCCACUAAAUACAUUCAUCUUUUUCGAGAGAGCUCUAACAAAUGAAAAACGAAGUUCAGGUUUGUUCCAAGAGCAUUUUUAGAAGAAAGAAGGAAAAAUGAUAGAAAGUUAUUAUUAUAUAUAGAGAAACGCAAAAGGGCUGUGAUAACGAUCUAUUUUGUAAGUUUGUGUUCGAUACUCAACUUCUUUUAACCUUGUUUCUUUAACCUUUCCGGUUUCUGAAGCAUUUUUUUCGAGUCGGGGGAUGCAAAGAGCAGAUUGUGAAAUGGAGAAACGGAAAAGGCUGAAGCACUUCCGGAGGUUCCAAUUGGCGCAGUCCGUCCGUCAUCCGAGCCUCGAUUAGACCCGCAAUUGAGAAAAAGCGUGUGUCGUUCUGAAAAAUUGCACUUUUAACUACUUCAUUGACUCGAUUUUAUCAAAUUGUCUCAGCUUUUUUUUUGCCGAAAACUUAGCUUAUAAUUUUCUUUUUUUUUGGGGUUUCUGAAUUUACAUUCUAAAUCAUCAAGAUUCAUAUAAAAUUGAUGCAAAGAGAAAAAAUUCAUUUUGGAAAUUUCGGUUUUUGCUGAAAUGAUUUGUAAAGAUUCAGAGUAUGAAUUAAUUAGCUUUUUUCCAACGUUUCCUUAAAUAAAUGUGCAUACGGUGUUGAAAAAAUAGAUGAAAAAAUUUUGAAAGACGGUUACAUGAAACUAGUUUUUUUCAUUUUUUUAUUUAAAAUUGCAUUCAAUAUAAUCUGAAUGGUGCAUUCAAAGCGGUUGGUAUGAAGUUGUUUAAUUUCUGAGUCGCCAAAAGAAAAAAAAACUCAACUGCAAAACUUUAAAGGCUAGGGAGAAGAAAAGUUUGAAUUUUCAGUUGCAAGUGUGCUGUAAUGUGACGCGAACACGCAUAUGGGGGUUCUCUUCGCCAGAAUCUUUCGCCUUGAGCUCAAGUCCUGUUUUCGAGCAAAGUGUUCCUGUUUCCACACAAGACAUUUGGUCCGAACUUCAGGUUGGCUUCUGCAAAAGUUUAAUUUUCAUGGAUGCGAGACCACGUCGAGUACCGUUAACGUGUUUUUGUGGGUCUGAAUUUUUGAAAAUUAUAUUUUCAACGCAUAUCUAUUUCAAUAACGCGCUUUAACAAACGCCUGGGCUCGAAACGAAAAAUGUGACUGAAUAUUACUUAGGAGCAUAAUUGUUGCUAGUUUGGACGUUGGACUUCUUCGCAAAAAUGUUUGCAGAAAUCACAAAAAUUCAUUAUUUUUUCUCUUUUUGUGUUCUCGUAUGGUUUUGCUGGGGAGUAAAAACUCUUUAAUUUUUAUAGCCAAUUUUUCGAGACUCGAAAGGCGAGGGAGGCGGGGCAAGCGGCGUUCCAAAACUGGCGGUUGAAAAGAACUCGUGCCAAAAACUGCGUACGCACACGCUACGCGUCCCGCCUCCUGCCCCGCCGCCUUCCAUUUCAAGUCGGAAAAAAUUGAAUUUACCUUCGACCGAUUUUAUGCGUAAUUAAAAGAAUAGGAAAAAUAACCACGUCGAUGUAAAUAAUUCCGCGCUAGCUUAUCGCAAUUUUCUGUGCCAAAAAGACCAUAAACCAAUAUGGAUCAAUUAUUACCUCCCUUCGUUUCAAGAUCUUUGUUUUUACUGUCUUUCUAGCAGUUUUCUGUAGCAAGUUUUAAUUACGGUAAUUUCUUCUGCUGUUCUUUUAAAACGUGAAUGUUUCGCGCGCAACGCACUUUAAACGAGGUUCAAGCUAUUUCCUGGUGUUCAUCGUCCAUUCAUAAAGUUCAGAAACAGAUGAUUCCGUUAAUUUUAGAUGAAUUUUCUAAAUAAAAUAGGUCCUAACGAACAAAUCUGAUAACCAGUUUUGAUAGUUUGGAAAACCAUCAAGUUGAGCUAUCCAUCUGCUCGGAUCGUUCAAAACCCAGCAUUGGUUGGGUUGAGGGGAAGCCGCCAGGUGUGACCUGUCAAUAUCGUGUCGGCCAGACUCUCAAUGUACCUCCUAGUAAGUCAAACUCUUGUGAAACAAGUGUAAUGCGUUCAGAUCUUCUCCCGCUGCCAAACUGGUACGUCUUGUGCUACGAACAACAAGGCGACUGCAUGGCCUGCAGGUAAAAUUUUUUUUCUAAUGAAAUAAGUUUGACAAAAUCAGGCUGGACGCGGUUUGCGACAACGAUCUUUCGGAAGAAUGCGCCGAGAUCUAUCUUCUCGGCUCGUCUCCUUCAGCUACGAACAACUCGAUUCGUUAUUGGAUUGCGGUCCGGUUUUCUGUUCAUUAGGGCGUAGAUAAAGUGAAGAAAGACUAAAGUUCCAAAAUUGAUUUUGAAAAAAACCGUUGGGUAGUCCUAAAAAAAUAUCUCGCUUUGUGGAAAUGUCGGGAUACUUAUAGUCUGUUUGCCAAGGCUUGAAUUUUCACCGAACGACAUUCCGCUAUUACGCUGUUUCGCUGCGUCGCGAAACGUCCUCGCUUCGAAUUGGUUCUCAUAUCUGAUAGAUUGACUGGUCCACUAGGGACACGUGUUGGUUGAGUUCUUAAAUGAAAGGAAAAUUAAAGGCUCGGCCGGGCACGCAGCGGAAAAACGGAAUGCCGUUCGCUAAACUUCCAAGUGGUGGUACUAUACAAAAUGCAAUCAUUUUAUUUGACUGAUGAAGCUUUCAGGUUGGCAGCAAGUUCCCAUUCGAAAAAAAUUCCCACGUGGAACUGACAGUCAGAGUUCAACGUACAGGGGUUCUCGUCAAAACCGAGAAACUCGUACCCUUUGUUAGUUCUUUCUUAUCAUUUUUAGAAGCUCAGAAGUCAGGAGAUUCAAAGCUUCAUAGUAAAACAAAUUUCAGGCUGGAAAAAAACAAACGCUCGAGUUGACCGGACUCUCUCCCAACGAGGUCUGCAAUUUAAUUUAUACUCAGAAUAACUGGAUCGAUUGCCAAAACAAGCUUCAAAUGUUUUUCUUGAUGUUCUUGAAAGUUAACUUGAAGAUAACUAGGUUGAAGGAAAGCGUGAAACUAUUCUUUCAGGUGUACAAUGUGGAGCGAUGUUUGGUCGUUCAACUGCCUGAAAGUCUUUUGGGCCACGCCUCCUUGUCCUUCGUGAGCAACACCAGCCGACUUUGCGUCGAGGAAGGAUUCAGGACACUGUCCAACUCGGCUAA